GAAGACACCCCCCUCCCAAAGGUGAGAGGGGGGGAAGAUGGCAGCUCUCGCCAGCUCUCUCAUUAGACAGAAACGGGCGGUCAAGGACGACCAAGCCAACCGACCGGUAGCCAGCAAGCGCAAGCCCUGUCCUAAGAGCAACAAGUCCCUGUGCCAGAAACAGAUCCUUGUCCUGAUCUCCAAAGUACGACUAUGCGGAGGUCGAAAAGGUCGAAAUGACAAAAGACCAGAGCCACAGCUGAAAGGCAUCGUUACCCGGCUAUACAGCCAACACGGAUACUACCUGCAGAUGCAGCCUGAUGGCACAGUCGACAGCACAAGGGAUGAAAGCAGCUCGUUUUCACAGUUCAACUUAAUUCCAGUGGGGCUGCGGAUUGUGGCGAUUCAGGGGGCAAAAACAGGGUUGUACCUUGCCAUGAAUAGUGAAGGAUACCUCUAUACAUCAGAGCACUUCACUCCUGAGUGUAGGUUCAAGGAGAGCGUGUUUGAGAACUACUACGUUACAUACUCCUCCAUGCUCUAUCGCCAGACCCAGUCUGGCCGCUCCUGGUAUAUCGGUAUCAACCGUGAUGGUCAGGUCAUGAAGGGCAACAGGGUAAAGAAGACCAAGGGAGCUGCACACUUCCUGCCUAAAGUUAUAGAGGUUGCAAUGUAUAAGGAGCCAUCGCUGCAUGAGCUAGUCAGUGAACCAGUGAGUCCACCUCGGAAAACGGUGAAAACAUCAGAUUCGCCGUCCCUAAAGAACGGACAGAAAGAAGCUCCCAAGGCUGAGGCCUCAUAGCACAGGAGAAUGAGGGUGGGACAAAGGGCAGAAGUGACACUUGGAACACAGUUGCCCAGUAUGCACUGAGGGCGGCUGGGGAAAUGGUCCUCGCUGGCCACGACAUUCCAGAAGUGCACUACGAGAUGCUGAGGGAUAAAGAGUCAGCAGUCCAUCAGCAGCCAAGAAGACCUGAGAGAGGAGUCCCCCCUCACCCAAAUCCACAGAAAGAAAGCCCAGGGUCCGAGCCAGAACUCCUACCACCACCCUCCUCCCAGUGUUACCUUUUUCUCUACCCCUUGUGAUUUCCCUACGCACAGGCUCCUUCAUUUCUAUGUCAAGCUGAAGCUUCUUUGUCUGCUGACAGUUUCAUCUUUUCUCACAUGCCUUCCACACCAUCAGCUCUAUUGUACUGUAUAG